AUGUUUCGCCCAGAUUACUGGGGUGACGGCGCCAUGGAUGGUGUUCUAGGAGCUGGCAUGCUUCGUGCGGGCGCCACCCCACGUCGGUUCGAUGAAUACUACCGCUGCUACCCUGUCGCUAUGCUCCCUGGACCAGAACGAGAAAAUGUGAACCACGGCGGCAAAGUGAUCAUGCCGCCAAGUGCUCUCGAUAAGCUUACUCGCCUCCACAUUACCUAUCCGAUGCUCUUCGAGCUGCACAACGGCGCGAAAGAGAGAAUGACACAUGCCGGUGUCCUGGAGUUUAUUGCUGAGGAGGGGAAGAUAUACCUACCCUUCUGGCUCAUGCAAACACUGCUCCUCGAGCCUGGCGACCUUCUCCAAAUCAAAUCCACGGAUCUUCCACCUGGGCAAUUUAUCAAGAUCCAGGCACAGUCGACAUCGUUUCUCGAGAUCAGUGACCCCAAAGCUGUUCUUGAGAAUGCCUUCCGGAACUUCUCGUGUCUCACCAAAGGGGAUGUUUUCACAUUUUCAUACAAUGACCAAGUUUAUGAAAUGGCUGUGCUCGAGACAAAACCGUCAGGGUCCAAGAAUGCCAUUUCUGUGCUAGAGACGGACUUGGAGGUGGAUUUUGCUGCCCCGUCGGAUACGAAGAACCCCAACGCACCAGCGGCGCCAGCACCCCCGGCAUCUAUUAAUUAUGCUGCCAUCGCGCCGGAUGCUACUGAGGCUGCGGCCGGCGCCCGCGCCGUGUCAUCGAAUUUCUUGUCUGGAGGGCAGCGGUUGAACGCGAAGAAGGGAAGCAAGGCGCCUACCCCCAAACCUUCGACCCCCGCUCCGGGAGCUACGAAUCCCCAGCACCCGCCGCCGGUGCGACGAACCAAUGGCCCCCAACCUCUGCGGCUUCCUCCCAAUCAACUUUUCUUCGGAUAUGCCAUCAAGCCAGUUAAGCCACGUGACGAGAACGGCCAGCUGGUGCCAGAAGACCAACCGAAGUUCCAAGGAAUUGGCCAGACGCUGCGAGGAAAGCGUAAAGAUGCGGGAGGUACAGGGACCCCCACAUCGGGGAGUGAGGCGGAUAACCAGAAAGAGAAGAAGAGUGGCGGCGGACGAACCCUUCGGGAUAGCAUGAAUGACCUUGAUCACUAG